CACAAAGGAAAACCAAGAUGGCUGCACAUUCAGGAGGAGUAGAUUGGGCUGCGAUUUUAAAGCCCUUUUUAAGCAGUUCAAGUGAAAAUAUCGGUAAAAAUGAUACGCUCAAUUUGGUGAAGACGAUCAUCCAAAGUGAAAAUGAAAUUCUGGAUCACGAUGCCGGCCACAAGCAGUUCUUCGACAGCUUUGUCGUGCUGGCAGCUGAAAAUCUCACCAACCAGGUCACGUCACUAUCUCAAACACAACUGCCUCAAAUUGUGGAGGCAGCAGCCGUUCUUAUUCGAUACAUCCUACAACACCUGGACACGCAGGCACCGAAUAAACCCAGCAUUCUGCUGAUGGCGCUGAAGGUGCUCUGUGAAGGACGCAAGGAUUCCGAACAUCCGACGAGCGGCACAUCCGCUUCGUCGAUCAUUCCCGCAUCCGGGAUGAAGUAUCUCAAGUAUCCGGAAAUGCACGGCAAAUCGCCCUCAGUAGGCAGCGUUGGCAGUCCUUCCGGUGUGGUUGUCAGUUCCGGAGGAAGUAGCUCGGAGAAGGAAAGCCCCAAAAGCGAAAUGAAGCGAUCGCGGUCGGAUUUGUCCACCGUAAUUUUGCAACAACUUACGACACCGCUUGGUGCCGGCGUGUUUACAUUUGCGACACUCAGCGAAGAGCAGAUCGAUUGUACUGAUCUCUUCAUAAAAUCUAAUAUUCAAUGUUUACAAGCUGCCAACGGAGGCGAUUUACUAUUCAAAUGGUGCACCAAUUCGCUAACGACACUGGCAAAGUACCGUGCCAAGUAUGAGGAAUGUACCGUGCAAGGAAAACCAUUGUAUCUACCAAUUACGACUGUGGAGGCAGGUGCCGUCAAGGCAAACCUCUCCCAAAUCGAAUCAGACAUCUCUAACCUUUUGCUCGCGGGUUCGCUUCCACUUGUCGAAUCGCUGACGCCGACAAAGAUUACACUUCUGUCACAAUGCGCCAUGUCCGCUCUUUACUGUGCAGUACUGACUUCGACGGCCAACAGCGUACUAGCCAUGGCCGCCAGUGGAUCACAGAAAAGUGCUUCAUCCACCCAGCUCCAGCAGAAGGAGCAACAGUCAUCCAGCGCCCAGAAGGAAAGUGACGAGGAGGAAGACUACGCCCGAAUGAUAGUAGAUCGGGCGCUUGAAAUAUUCACUAAAAUUGGAAGCAUUUUAAAAAGUUCCACUCGAACUCACAUCUAUCAGAACCACGUCUGUAUGGGAGCCUGGCUAUUGAUAUCCGCAAUACAAGGAACGAUGGGUGCAUCCGGUAAUCCCAGUGGAAGUACUAUUCAGCAAACGGCUUCGGUCAAAACUUCCGAGGAAAGUAUGAAAGGAAGAAGCCCAUUGAAAACAUUGGACGUUCCGCAGAUGGCCUCCACGGCAGCUCCAACACCUGCUCUGAGAGUAAAUCUAUUCAAAGUUCAGCAAGGAUUCGGGGUCCUCAAUGCGGCGAUUGCUCGUCAUAGCAUUACUCUGCUGACCGAGCUAAUCGAUGACCUCAAGAUUGAUUCCCGCUCGGAUGAUGAGGAGUAUAGCAGCAUCGAGUCGGCUGGUUUUGACAUCCUCGGACAGUAUUCAUCUAUCCAACGGGUUGUCCGGGUGCUUAACAGUGCCACGCUACAGCAGCUUAUGACCUUCCUAGCGACCGUAUCCUACAGAAAAGCAUGCACGCUGCGUAGAAUCAACACCAAGAACACAAAUGAGGGCGAACCCAUGAGCUACAGCGAUUCGACAACAUACUACAACGAUACAUUCUCCUGCUCGGAAGAAAGUGAACCGGAAGAGGAGGACAGCGAUAGUUAUCUAGGGCUUUGGUUCAAAGAAACACUUUCACCGGAAGCUAACGAGGAAAUGACAGAGUCCCAAGAGCAGGAUAAGAAAGACGAGAAACGUCACGGAAGCAACCUGGUCCCGGCCAAGGACGAACCGCACGAAUAUCUUAAUUUGAGCUCGUUGAUUUUCAACUUUUUUGAUGCAUCCCUUGGAGGACAACACGUCUAUCUGAAUCGUUACGUUAGAACCGGCCUCAGCGAGCAACAGAUGGUUCUCCUCGCCAACAUCCUUCGUGAUUUGGAUCGUGAUUCAGCGCGUGGCGAACCGGAAAAUUCCGGAUGUCUUCAGUGGCAAAAUUCUAUGGUCAAAUUCUCCGGAUCCGUGGGGCGCUAUCUGCACAAUUUGAUUUCCAAUACUCUGCUGAAUGAGUCACUGCAAUCGGCAUUGCUGCUGCACCUAGGAGUUUCUCCGUGGACACAAGAUUCCAACAUAUGGCCCCUCCAAGUGUACUCCAGAACACUGGCCGUACUCGUGCAGAUUCUACUGUUGAAACCUUCACAGGAAAAAGAAGCCGCUUGUCUGUCAGUUUGGCACCGUUUGGUCAACACUCUUGUGGAAGGCGUCUGCUCGAAUCAAACGAUCCCGAACGAGUCGGAAAUAGAGGAUCUCAACGUUGAGCACGCUCAACUCCUGCUAUUCCUGUUCCAUUCGCUCAACCUAAUGCAGAAGAAAUCGAUCCUGCUCCUGACGGCCGGCGGUGUCAUCCGGUGCUCCGAGGUAUGCCGCACGGUUACUCCGGAAAAGCCGCUACGUGACCAUCAAAUCAUGCUCCUAUCCAGAUUGCUACUAUUUCUGGAAUACCUCAUGAAGCACCUGUACAACCCUCCAAACGUUUUGCUGGAGCAGGUCCGUUGGAAUCUAUUCAGCGUGUUCACACUGGACUCCGAACAGAAGAUUGCUGAUCUUAUCAACUACAAAACCAAAAUGAUGUCGUUCUGUCGCAAGGAUAUCGAAGACAAACAUCGGAAGCUGGUAAACGAAUAUAGCGUUGGAGGUGUCAAACCGAAGUUCUACUCGUUGACCACAGUCGAUACCAAGAUUCAGCAGGAGUUCAAACUAGAUGGUCUGGCAUGGAAUUUUAUCCUGUGCACACCGGACAAGCUCAAGUAUCCAUGGCUAAUCGAUGCACUUAUCGACAUUCUUAGUAUCACGGACAUGUGCUUGGCGAAGAUCCCCUUCCAAACGCUCUGCGCGGUUCACUACUGCUUCAGUCUAUGCUGGAAGCUAUUGCUCGGACUGCCACCCUCAACGCAACACGUAGAAGCACUUAUGCAGGAAAAGGUACCCAAUUUGCAUUCGCUGCUGUGGUCGAUCCGCUGUCUGCAUCCGAUCACCCACUCGCACUAUUUGAUUGUGAACAGUUUGGUCAAGCAGGGCAUGUACACACAAUCGGCAGAAGCACUGUGGAACCGCCUAACGGAUCACGUAUCGGACGUGAAAUAUAGCUUGAAGCUGACGGUGAUGGGACUGGACUCUUUUGUCAGUUCAUUUGCUCCAGAUCAGCCUCGAUUGUCCAAAAUCAUCCUUUUGGACGGGUUAGUGUCCCAUAUAUAUGCCAUUUGUUGGGCUGAAAAGGAAGGUGUCAACAUAAAAACCAAAUCGACCACCAACAGCAGCAGUUCGUCAAGUAGCAGCACCAGCAGCAGCAGCUCAACUAGCAGCAACAGCAGUUCAACUUCGACUAGCUCCAACGCUAGUGACUCUAGCGUGACCAGCGGCGGACAGCAACAACUCACCGUCAACACAGGAACUCCUGCUACUGCCGAUGCAUCAACCACCACCGGUCCAGGCUUGGAAACGGUCAAGAUGGCAUCGCGAAAUGAUCUUACUCGUAAUCUGAUGUCCAAGCUGAUGGAAGUACUGGAGAUUGUGAAGGAGGCGACCUAUAAAACCAUGUUCCAAAAUUUGAGCGGGCAGAUUCCAUCCUCACUAAUCGAGCCGCUGAUCGCAAUCUGUGGUUCAAAGAACACUUUUUGUCAGGACUUGUCGACCCAGCUGGUCGCAUUGAUCACCGGCCAAGAUAAGGACGUAAUCUCGGUAGAAUGGCGCAAGAACCUGUCCAUAGCAAGCGAGGAUAACUUUACCAGCGGAUCGUUCCCGGUAGAAGUGCACACUUUGACCGUAAUAGAUGGUCACCUGACGGAAACAUCAAAGCACUUGACCUACUCGAUUCUGUUGUCUCUGAAGCACGCACUCAAAUCGUGCAUCAAUCUCAUCUACUACAUGCUACCGAACUAUGACGACAAGCAACUCGAUGACGAACUGAAGGAAAUACUGAUUCCGAUGAUUUUCGAUCUUCGAGCAGAAUACCUGUACGAUGUGGUUAACAAGUGCCUGGAAUCACUUCUGGGUGGUGACUCAAACUCGGAAACCUACCAACUGUUGGCGUACUCGAACAUUCUUCGCCACAGUUAUCAGUUCCUGAUCGAAUAUUCCGAACUAUCUGCCCAAGGACAAACGGUAAACAUAGACGAAACUGUCCUUCACAACAUUAUCAAAUUCUGGGAAUCCAUGCUGGACAAAACCAUCGGACUGAAAGCUAUGCGUGAAUUCUUCUACGAAAGCAAGAAGGGUAAUCUGGUUCAGAUCCUACUUUCUUUCACCGGAACCAGCCUUUCGCAAAAGUAUUCCACUAAAGUCCUCCAAUUCUUUGAGAAGCUGUUCGCCGCUUCCGAAAAACUCGAUGCCCAAUUCGACGAAGAAGAAGUGUGCAACUGUAUCAGCGAGUUGGUAAAUGCCGAUGCGGCAAAACUGAAGAGUUGGCUGAGCCACAUUCUGCUCGGUCCUAGGGGAGCUAGUUUGACCGCCGGAGGUUCGAAUGCAUCGAGCAACGUCCCUACGCCUACUAACAUGGCGACCGUCUCGGCAAUUCCCAGCAUUACAGAUCAGUUGGCUGUUUCGGCCACUUCGGACAACAACACCGGCAACAAUGCAUCCGUAGGAGGCGAUCCGGAUGCGAUGGACAUCGAUUACGAGUGUAUGGCAAUGCCAUGGCAAAGGGAGAAUAGUCGUACCGGAAAUGAUACCGUGGAUGAAGCUUUGGAGAAAAAUGGAAAACUACUGCAGGCGUUGGUGAAGUAUAUUGUAGCGGAGAACAGAAUUGCUCCGUCAGUUUCGGAAGCCCUCUUCCAGGCGUUGAUUCAGAUUGGGCAUAAUCUGUUGUGCCCUGUUCAGGAAGCCAUCGAAUUUGCUGAUCUGUUGCAAGUGAUGAUCACACUAGCUGAUGCUGGGAAAGGCCGCGGUCAUGCUAUGCUGUUUACUGCGGCUAUCGAUUGGUUGGAGAUUUCCAAGAACCAGGUCCUGGAAGGUAAAACGGGCAGGAGUGGAUCGAAGGCUGCGGUUCAAUUGGAAAAUGUGACUGCAAUUUUGAAGUACAUGAGCGACUUGUUACUCGGUUUGGGAGCGAACGGAAGCCGUUCGAUUAAUCCUCCGUGGGACGAAGAGUCGCCACUGGACGCUGAAGACAUUCUAGAUGAUUUGGGAGGUGAUGAUGAUGAUAGUGCAGUAGAAGAUUCCGACGAAGAUAGCCUCAGCAAUAAGCUGUGCACAUUCUCGAUCACCCAGAAAGACUUCAUGAACCAACAUUGGUACUAUUGUCAUACAUGCAAGAUGGUCGACGGCGUUGGAGUAUGUUCGGUUUGUGCCCGAGUAUGCCAUAAGAACCACGAUAUCAGUUAUGCCAAGUAUGGAAACUUCUUCUGUGACUGUGGUGCAAAGGAAGACGGAUCUUGUCAAGCACUGUCACGCCGCAGCAAUUCUGGACACGGUGAAGAUUCGAUCUUGGGAUCCGCUUUGCCAAGAUCGUCCGAAGCAGAUUCGGUGUUGUUGACGAGCUCCCUGAGACGUAGAGCUUCCAGUCCCACUAGUCAACUGAAUCAAUCCGGAAACAGUCAAAUGUCGGAAAAGGAACAACUGCUUGCAAAGAUUAUUGAAAGCUCCAAGGAAGCCUUGAGUAGCCCGGAUCAAUGGAAGGUCGUUGUACGUUGCAUUUUGACUUUCUUCAACUCUCUGAUGCCCAGUAUUAAAGAUCACUGCGCCAAAUAUUCUACGGUAGGCUGCCAUCUCCGUGCCCGCAACGCACUGGAACGUCUACAUCAACCAGAAAAAUCCUACUCAUUCAGUGAUCAGAUAAUGGUCGCCACCCUGGGUUCACAGGAAGGAGCAUUCGAGAAUGUCCGUAUGAACUUCUCCGGCGAACAAGGGCAAACCAUAAAACAACUGUUGUCCUCGAAUCUAGUUCGUCGCGUUGCACUUUGCUGUUUGGCCUCACCGCAUGGCAAACGCCAACAACUGGCUGUUUCGCACGAGAAAGGCAAAGUAACCAUCCUGCAACUAUCCGCCCUGUUGAAGCAAGCGGAUGCAGCCAAGAAAAAGCUGACCCUCACGAGACUAGCUUCAGCGCCGAUUCCGUGCACCGUUCUGUCGCUAGCGUCCAAUCCCGCCAAUGAAGAUUUCCUCGCAGUUUGCGGUUUAAAAGAAUGUCAUAUCUUAACGUUUACCAGCACCGGAACUACCAACGAACACAUUGUUCUGACACCGCAACUUGAAACCGGAAACUUUAUCAAACGAGCCAUUUGGCUACCCUGCUCGCAGACCAAACUGGCCCUGGUGACAGCAGAUUUCGUCAAGAUCUACGAUCUAGCGGAGGAUAGCUACAGCCCACAGUACUAUUUCCUGGUCCCAAGUGGCAAAAUUAGGGAUUGUACCUUCGUCCAUCAGGAAGACACCUACUACAUGUUGAUCAUGUCGUCGCACGGGUAUAUCUACACCCAACCGCUUAGCGACGAGAGUCUUGCCAAACAUGGUCCAUUCUACGUCACCAGCACUUUAGAACUCGACCAUCCCUCCAUCACUGACGAUAACGGUCAAAUCCUGGCUGGAGGUGUAUCGAUCUACUAUUCCCACGUACUGCAGAUGCUCUUCUUCAGUUACGUAGCCGGACGCAACUUUAUGGCUCCAUUGGCCAACGUAAACCAAGGUGUCAAGUGUGUCAUCAACCUUAUUUGCAAUCCUGCAUCGAAGGUAUUCUCCAAGUCCUUAACUCAGCCACUCUGCCAAUGGACAGAAAUUCCCGGACAUCCGGGUCUCAUUUGCGCCAUGAUGCAGAACCUUAACAAUCCCGUCAUAUUCAUGAUCAAGCCGGACGGUUAUGUUGCUCAGGAAAUCAAAGCGCAGAAUGCAAAGGCCAAGAUCAUGGACAUGGUGGCCAUUCGUCAUUCGGUGUCCGGUGUGGAAAAGACAACGUUAAUUCUGCUCUGCGAGGAUGGUAGUCUGCGCAUUUAUGCAGCUCACCCGGAGAACACCGGCUACUGGUUGUCGCCGGAGAUUCAACCAAUCGGACACCAAUUCCAGACGGGAGCCUGUUCAAAAUCUCGCAAGUCGAAAAAAUCCAGUAAGCAGAGUAGUGGCGGCCAAGUGACCGGUAAGAGUGGCAGCGGAUCAGCCCCGACGUUCCCGAUCGAUUUCUUCGAACAUUGCACCCUGAUGAACGAGGUCGAGUAUGGAGGAAACGACCUGUUGCAAAUCUACAACACUCAACAUCUGAAGCAUCGGCUCAAUUCGACCGGACUGUACGUUACAUCGACGCGGGCCAAUGGAUUCACGCUCGACGUUAUCAACAAUGAUCCUAAUAUGGUCAUAACGGGUAUCCGCAUUUCGAUCGGCUCACAAGACAUCAGCAAGGCUCCACAAAACGUCACUAUCCUCGGUCGGGUCGUACCUACCGUGGCAACACGUGCACGCUGGUUCGAUAUUCCACUGACCCGGGAAGAGAGUCUUCAGAGUGACAAAAAGCUGAGCAUUCUGUUUGGACCAUCACAGGAUGCCGAAAAUAUCACCAUCCUAGACAGUAUCAAGAUCUAUGGCAAAACGAAAGACGUCUUCGGUUGGCCGGAAGAGUCGGAAGACGGAGGAUCUUCGCAGUUGAACUCAGCCACCCAGACCCCAGGUCAGAUGGCUAGCUCUCUGAAUGGUGCGGACAAUGGAGACGGUAAUGGAGGUUCGGGAAUGAUGAUCACCCCACUGGAUAAAAUGGUCUCCACAAUGCUACAAGUGCUGGACAGUGGAUUGUCCCUGCUGGGUGGACCAAACAGUGAAGAUAACUGCAAACAGACUGCGGUCGAUGUGUCCACCUCGUUGGUUCUCUUUCCAACGUCCAACAUGGUUCAACUGGACGCUCGCAACGUGCUAGUCACUUGCCACCCAAGCAAGACAGCUUAUCAUGCUUAUAAGGAUAAGGAGAUUCUUGCCGAUAUCAACGCUCAGUUGAAAAAGAUGGCCGAUGCGAGAGACUACAAGUUUAUUGAUCCGGAAGCAUUCUACCGAGUGGUUCUGAUGACACGUGGCAUCGCCAUCCAGCGACCCCAAGCCCUAACCAAGAUCUGUUCCGAGAAUCAGUUCCCAAUCUUGCAACAGCUGAUGCAACUGAUGAAAGAUUUGUACAAAAUCACACCGGCUUACGAAGAACCUCUCGCAAUCGUAAAGCAAGGUCUAUCGCAUGUGGAAGCUGUCGUCUACUCGCUGGUGGAAAUCAUCUAUGCAUUUGCGCUUUCCGAUAGCGAAAUGAUUGAAUCGAUGGCCAAAUUCUUCGUUGAACUGCUCCUUGAUCCUGCACCGAUCAUCAGCCACAGUGCAAAACAGGCGAUGAUUCGUCUUCUCCGGCCGAAAAUCCGUCGGCGUAAGGUUCUCAUCGAAAGCCCUCCUGUCUGCUCAACCCCAACCCCAUCGACUGUGACUUCGGUUUUGGUUGGACCGUCCACCUCGUCCGGUCCAUCCUCUUCAACUGGAGGUGUCGGUGGAGCGGCAGUUUCUGCUGCAGCAGCUAUUGCUGCUGGGGGAUCUGCUGGAAAUGAAGACUUUGCUGGUGCAAUGCAGGAAGUGGACGCCAUAGAAUCGCUUGGAUUGGAACCAUCCGGUGGAAAUCAGGCCUUGGCAUCGUUGGAAGCUCUUCUGGGAGUUGGUUUCCCACAUUUGUUGGAAGCACAAGACACAGAUGACGAAGCCAUUAUGGAGAUUGCCAUUGCAUUGAGCUUGCAGGACAACGAGACGGAUCUAGCUGCUUUGCAACAGAGCAUCGCACAGUACCAGGGCAGAAAUCGCAAUCAAGCUCAAGGUUUACCUGCGGCCAUUGCAGGUGGUUCAUCGUUCAACGUUGAAUCGAACACAUCCGGUGGUGGCUCUGAUGAUGACGAAAUAUCCAACGUAGCUACCGAGGGAUCUACUUUGAGGACAUCUCCUGCCGGUGAGCAUCCCGGAAGUGGAAGUGGUGGCUCAGAAAGUGGAUGUAGUGGAGUUGAGAGCAUUGGCGGAACAUCAGGAAGAAGCUCAACCUACGAAGAACAACCCAAUCCUUCACCUCCGAGAACUUCUGGAGUUGACCAAAUUCCGCCCCAACCGGUGGCUCCUCCUGAAACCGAAGAAGCUGGAGGUGAGAAUGCUUGCAAGUUGCACAUCCUGAGAUACUCGAUCCUAAACAAACUGGUCGACAACUUUAUUACGCUGGACACAGUCAACGGCUCACAAUGUAUUCCGUUCAUGCAAGUUAUUCUAAUGCUAACUUCGGAUUUGGACGGAAGUCAGGAAGCUGACCAGCAGGUUAUGAACCGGUUGUUGCAGGCACUGAUCGAUCGUUUGGAGAUUCCGACGACCAAAACCUACCAGAUGUCGGGCCGUACAUCGAAAACUGAAGUUCAACUAAUCAUCCUUCGCCUGGUUGGGGUCCUCAUGGGUAAGGUGAAGUCAAAAUCAUCGUCAUCGUCAGCUGCCAUUGGAUCCGCCGUGAGCCAAACCGUUCUGGACAAUGCUACGUUUGUAGCUCAAGCAACGGCCAACGCACUUAUGAAGAACAAUGCGAUCCCUUACUGUCUGAUGAUAAUGGAGUCGUUCCUCCCUCACUGGAAGAACGUUGCCAACAAUGAGGAGCUUUUAUCUGGAACCAGUUCUGCCAAUACAACCACGGGUCCAGUUAUAACUACACCUGGUGGAGCUCCUACCAAUAGUCUGCUGAAGGCAACUUUGUACGGACUCUCUCCGGAUAUGCAGCCCUUCUUUGCCCGUCAGUACGUCAAGGGUUGCACUGACGUGUUCGAAUUGUAUCCGCAGGUUCUUACAGAAAUGGCAGUUCGUUUACCCUACCAGAUUCUCAAACUGUCAUCGGGUCAUCCAUCGUCUCACGAUUGGUACCAUUUGCUGUGUGAGUACAUGACCAACACCCUCUGUGAGUACAUGAUGUACAUGCAGUCUCCUGUUCUACGCCGCCAAGUCCGCAAGCUGCUGUUGUACAUCUGCGGGAACAAGGAAAAAUAUCGUCAACUGCGCGAUUUACACUCCCUGGACACCCACAUGAAGGCCGUGAAGGAAUGUUGUGAUGGCAGUGCUCCACCAAUUUCAUCCAUAGGCUCAAGCACCAGCGCUAUUUUGAGCUACGAUGCGCUCGUAGAGCUGACCGAACACUUCCGAGCCUGUCAGGAGAUUGCCUCGAUUCGCACCGGAAAUUGGCAAAAGUUCUGCGUUCGAAAUUCAGAUAUUCUACCAUCGCUGUUGAACAUCAGCUGCUGCCAGCUAGAGGAGGGUGUUUCUUCGAUCAUCCUACAACUUCUGCAAUCAGCGAUUUGCAAUACCCAAGGCAGCAAGCAGGAUUCUGGAUCAGCUUCAUCGACGAGCAUGAAAAUAUCAGUGCUGAAAGAACGCAAGGAUCGCGACAAGUCAGAGGAAUCGGAUACGGCAACGGAAUCCAAGUUCGAUCCGGCGCAAUGCGUUGCUCUGGUGACUCAAAUCUUCAACCAAGUGCCGUUCCAUAAUCUGACCAAAUUCAUUCGUAGCUUCUUGCUGGAAACAAAUUCCACCGCUAUCCGUUGGCAAGCUCAUAGCUUAGUUUAUGCUUUCUACGAGAACAGCAACGAAGCGAACAAAGAACUUCUACUGCAAUGCUUGUGGGGACUGUGGCCAUUGUUGCCGGCAUAUGGAAAACGGACUGCUCAGUUUGUGGAUCUACUCGGAUUCCUCACCCUCAACACUAAAUCCUUGAGCGACAAGCUGCCGGACUACACUGCGCAAGCCGUUUCCGUACUUCGUCAACAAAACGAACUACUUUCCAAACAUCCUAAUGCUCCGAUCUACACAGCGCUUGGCCACGUUCUUGAAUUGGAAGGCUUCUAUCUGGAAUCGGAACCGUGUCUGGUUUGCAAUAAUCCUGAAGUUCCUUUCUCAAACAUCAAACUGUCAACGAUCAAGGUCGAUUCUAAAUUUACAACCACUACGACGAUUGUCAAGCUGGUCCAAAGCCACACAAUCUCGAAGAUUAUUCUCCGUAUUGCCGACCUGAAGCGAGCCAAGAUGGUACGUACAAUCAACAUCUACUACAAUAACCGCACGGUCCAAGCCGUGGUGGAGCUCAAAAAUCGUCCCUCGAUGUGGCACAAGGCUCGUAAGGUGACUCUCCAGUCCGGCCAGACGGAUGUCAAGAUUGAUUUCUCUCUGCCGAUAACAGCGUGCAACUUGAUGAUUGAGUACGCCGAUUUCUACGAAACAGUGAGCGGAUCCAGCGAGAGUCUGCAGUGUCCACGUUGCAGUGCCGUCGUGGCAGCGAAUCCUGGCGUCUGUGGCAACUGCGGUGAAAACGUGUUCCAGUGUCACAAAUGCCGCGCCAUCAACUACGACGAGAAGGAUCCGUUCCUGUGUCAUUCGUGCGGCUUCUGCAAGUAUGCCAAGUUUGACUACAGCAUCUUCGGUCGAGCCUGCUGUGCCGUUGAUCCGAUCGAGUCGGCUGAAGAUCGCACCAAAACGGUACAGACGAUCCAUGCGUCGUUGGAGAAGGCUGAUCGUUCGUACAAAACGCUUCAGAACAAUAAGCAAAUAUUGGAACUUUUGGUCCAAAAGGUGGCCGAACAUAAACUGGAUCGUACGUUGGAUGAAACACUGAUCGGUUCAGUCGUUGGAUCGUCCCAGGUGAACAAGGUGAUCCAACUAUUGGCGCAGAAGUACUGCGUUGAAUCCAAGUCGACGUUCGAGGAGUUGAGCAAGAUCAUUCAAAAAGUGCAGGCUUGCAGAAGAGAACUAGUAGCGUAUGAUCGAAGCCAGAUGGAUUCGCCGGGUGGUGGUUCUUUAGCCGUUGGAUCGACGUCGGAUAGAGCCGUGGCUCUUAACAAGUGCUACGGUUGUGCAUUGGCUUCAACCGAACAAUGUUUGACCUUGCUGAGAGCAAUGGCUUCCAAUAUGCCAUGUCGUGUGGGGCUUUGCAAUCAGGGAUUGGUUCAAGAACUUGCUAUGAACAAUCUGCGUCGUGGAACCAACCAAAUCCAAGAUGAAGUUCGCCAGCUGCUUUGCCUGUUGACUCGUGAUCUACAGGACGCUACUGCCGACCUAUGCCAACUGUUGCAGGACCGUGUUAAGAUGGCCCUCAGUGGCACGGUUCCGUUGGCCAACUUAGAUUCGGCCGUGCGUCACGAGAUGGCCCUGUUGGAAGCAAUGACAGCCCAGGAUGAUUCGUGUUGGGAGUUGAAGCUGAAGACAGUGAUUGAACUGUUUUUGCAAGCGUCAAGAGACGUACGUGGUCCGGCAGUGGCCGUCAUCCAACCGUGUCUGCGCAUUGUGCAAUCGUUAAUGUGUCCACCAUUGCCGACGAGCAAGACGAACAAAGAUCUGACAACCCAGGAGCUCUGUACCGUACAGCCCAAUGAAGGGCUCACCGUAAGCUACGAGAAGUGGAUUUCCGGUGACCCGCAGCACUCGUUCGCCGCUUGGAAGGCCCGUAUGCCACCGAUAACGGGUACAGCUACACCUCGCGCCGAGGAUAGUACCAUUCAGUUGGCACAAACGGCUGGAUCGGCAUCCGGAGAGGGAGCAGUAACUACUCCAAUAAGCAGUUUCCGUUCGGCUCUGGAGCAGAAACGUAGCCGUUACAGGAAUGCCUAUCUGUUCGACAAGUACGGCAAACGUUGGCGUCAGAAGGUUCUCAACAAGGGUGUUAAUGCAGUUCCGCUGGAACUAACUGCUGCGUGGUUGCAACCGGUUCUGUUCAACACCAAUUCUCGCCUAGGUCGACAGUUGGCUUGCGCAUUGGUUACUUCCUUGAGUAGAACACCGGAGCGAAAGCGGGAGAUUCUUGAUUUGCUGACUGGUUUCCUGAAAAAUAUCGGCGAAUGUGGUGAAGCCAGUGCUGAGUUCAUUGCUCUCUAUCGCAUUCUAGCAGAUGAAACCCCGUGGCGUCAGUAUCUUGCGUUGAAGGGAGUGCUAUCGUUGAUUGCGGAUCUUUUGACGGUGGAGAUCGAGAAGAUUCAUCGUCUGGAGGAGACGACACUUUCAUCGGAUCUGGCGCAGGGUUAUGCUUUGAGGCAACUGGUAGAAAUGAUGGCGAUGUUCUUGGACAAUCCACCCAUCAGAAAAGCCUUCAAGGGCAAGCUGCUGGGAUCGGUCUUGCAAGGCUAUUUGAACUUAAGGAAGCUGGUGGUGCAGAGGACUCGUUUGAUUGAUGAUGCUCAGGAGAAGCUGCUGGAGAUGCUGGAAGAGAUGACUACUGGAACGGAGGAGGAAACUGCGGCGUUCAUGGCGGUUUGUAUUGAUACUGUUCGAAAGACACCAACUUCGGAUGUAAAAACGCCGGUGUUUAUGUUCGAACGUCUGUGCUCUAUCAUCCAUCCCGAGGAGAACGAUGUUGGGGAAUUCUUCUUGACUCUAGAGAAGGAUCCCCAGCAGGAGGACUUCUUGCAAGGAAGAAUGUUGGGUAAUCCGUACCCUUCGAACGAAGCCGGACUGGGUCCGUUGAUGAGAGAUGUCAAAAAUAAGAUUUGCAUUGACUGUGAGCUGGUGGCGCUGCUCGAUGACGAUAACGGAAUGGAACUGUUGGUACACAACAAGAUCAUCAGUUUGGAUUUGCCGGUAAAGGAGGUCUACAAGAAAGUUUGGCUGCAGGAAGGUGGAGAACGUGACGCGAUGAGAAUUGUCUAUCGCAUGCGUGGUCUACUGGGAGAUGCCACGGAGGAAUUUAUCGAGACGCUGAACGCCAAGAGUCAGGAGGAAGUGGAUAACGAGCAGCUCUAUCGCAUGGCCAACGUUCUAUCGGACUGUGAUGGUUUGAAGGUGAUGCUUGAUCGUAUCGGCAGUCUCCAGAAUGUUUCAAGAUCGAGAACUCUUUUGCAAGUUUUGUUGAAGCUCUUCCUUCUCAGUGUGAAAGUUCGUCGCUGCCAGGAAGUUCUAUGUCAACCGGAACUUGGAGCAAUCAACACACUUCUCAAAGUGCUUCAGCUGUGUCUUCAGAGUGAAAAUGACGCUCAACAAUCGGCAGUAACGGAACAGCUGCUCGAAAUUAUGGAAACAAUCCUCUCCAAGGCCGCUUCGGAUACUCUCGAUUCGUUCCUACAAUUUUCGCUAACCUUCGGAGGACCGGAAUACGUUCAAGCUCUGCUGUCCUGUACCAACUGCGCAAACGUUCGCAACAACCCGUCGGUUCUGCGCCAUCUCAUUCGAGUUCUGGCUGCUCUCGUUUAUGGCAACGACAUCAAGAUGGCUUUGUUGUGCGAACAUUUCAAGGAAGUUUUCGAUUUUAACAAGUUUGAUGCCGAUCGUUCCCCGGAAGACGAGUUCAAGAUGGAGUUGUUCUGCGUUCUGACCACUGGAAUCGAGCAUAAUUCAAUCGGUGGUAUUCUGAAGGAUUACAUCAUGAGUCUAGGCAUUGUAGAUAAGGCUCUGGAGUAUAUUAGAAGUCACGCUCCCUGUGUCAAGCCAACCUUGCUGAGGACGGACUCCGAUGAACUGAAGGAGUUCAUUUCCCGUGCUUCAUUGAAAUAUAUCCUGCGGUUCCUGACUGGUUUGGCUACGAAACAUGAAGCAACCCAGUUGGCAGUUGCCAAGGACAUAAUCCCAAUCAUUCACCGUUUGGAGCAAGUUUCGAGUGACGAGCAUGUAGGAUCUCUGGCUGAGAAUCUUCUGGAGGCCCUAUGUACGGAACUAGCAACGGCUAAACGUGUUCAGGAAGUUCGCGAUUUCACUCGAGCCGAGAAGAAACGCCUAGCGAUGGCUACCCGGGAGAAACAACUGGAUGCUCUGGGUAUGCGGACCAAUGACAAGGGACAAGUUACAGCCAAGGGUGCAAUUCUAUCGCAGAUUGAGAAGCUCCGCGAAGAAACUGGUUUGGCUUGUUUCAUCUGCCGUGAAGGCUACGCUUGUCAACCGAAUAAAGUACUUGGUAUCUACACUUUCACUAAGCGUGCAAACGUCGAGGAGUUUGAAAUGAAGCAGAAGAAGACCGUCGGAUAUACCACGGUAACUCAUUUCAACAUCGUUCACGUCGAUUGCCACAUGUCGGCCAUUAGACUGGCUCGAAGCCGUGAUGAAUGGGAAAGCGCAUCGUUGCAAAAUGCUAACACCCGAUGCAACGGACUGCUCCCACUGUGGGGCCCAGAUGUCAGCGAAUCGUCUUUCUCGUCCUGCAUGGCCCGCCACAACAAUUACAUGCAGGAAUCAACCCAACGCUGUGAAAUCACCUUCAGUAGCUCAAUCCAUGAUCUGAAACUGCUAUUGCUGCGCUUCGCUCAAGAAAAAAGCUUCCAUGAAGAUGCCGGAGGUGGUGGCCCGCAGUCCAACAUGCACCUAGUUUCCUAUUUGUUGUUCUACAGUCUGUACACGCUUCUUUCGUCGCGUUCUUAUUCACGCGAAGAAAUGAUCCUAUCCGCAUUCAUUAACAACAAGCCAUCAGACCGUUGGCUGGAAUGCGCCUAUGAGUCGGAAGGUCCGCUCUACCUGAUCGCCAUGUCGCUAGCAUUGCACACCCCGGGAAUAUGGAAUCGUAACAAGUUGGCACACCUGAAGCGGAUGAUUGCCAUUGGCCAUGCCCGUCACGUCAGUCCGAACAGCAUUUGCAAGUUUGUGGCCCCGAACGACAAGUCCCAGAAGGAUUACAACGUCUACAAACCGUAUCUGCUGAUGUGGGGUCUGGUGGAUUUGAUCUACAAGAACUUCUUCCGCACGGUGACGACGCCGAAGGACGAGGACUGGCCGAUUUCGUUGUUCGAUUACAUCCGUCGCAACGAUGAGGCAAUGCUGAAGAACGCAGACAGCACGUUGGAGACGUUCACCGAGGAGUACGCACCGUGCACUUCGUUUGCUGAGUUUUGUGAUGUGGCUGGUCUCUUGGGUGACAUCGAGAAUCCGGAUGGCUGGAUAGACGAACUGUUGCAGUCGCUGCCUUCACCGGGAUCGGCAUCUACGGCUUCGGGGACAGCUUCGACGGCUACUACUGGAAGCAGUACUGCUGGUGGUUCUUCUUCGAACGCUUGAGUUUGGCCGUGGAUUGUCUCCAACGACGACGAUGAUGAUGAUUGGUGAUGGUAGAACCUACCCGAUUGAAUUAACAACAACCAUACAAGUUUGAUUCUAUUAUCUUAAUCUAAUGUAUUUUGUGGCUAAAAGCAUAUUUCAAAAAUAAAUUUAAUAAUGCACUGAAUUAGUAGCGAAGCUUAAUCUACAUAAAAUAAUAAGCACACAUACUAGAAAGCAAAGCAGUACUGAAUAUCUAUAUUAUGACAGUGUGAUUAAUCAAUUUCAUGUUCUAUUUCAAUAAAUAUUCACAGCAAUUGAA